AUGAAAAUUAAUUCAGAAUUAAUUCAAGGUUCACACCAUUUCAUUAAUCCAUUAAAUGAAAGACAAUUAGAUUUAAGAGGUAUCUUUAAUCUUUAUAUGUAAAUAGCCAAGAAAAUAACAGCAAUUGAAAAUUUAGGAGCCACUUUAGUAUCAUCAUUCUUUAUUAUAGGAUUUUUUUGAUCAUAUUGAUUUAGGUGACAAUGAUAUCAAGAAAUUAGGAAAUCUAACUUUAUUGAAAAGGUAUAUUACUAAAUUUAUAUAUUAGAUUAAAAACUCUAAAUUUAUCCAAUAACAGAAUUACGAAAUUGACUGAUAUUUCAGACUCAUUACCCAAUAUUGAAAACUUAAUUCUGAUGAACAAUAGACUUACAGAUAUUAAUGAAAUGUAUUAAUUAAGAAAUUGCAAAAAGUUAAAGCGCUUGAUUUUGCAUGGUAAUCUAAUCACUUAAUAACCUGAUUAUCGCUAUAAAGUUAUAGCCAUUUUACCUAAUCUCAAAGUUUUAGAUUUUAAUAAAGUGACAUUGGCAGUUAAUCAUAUAUCAUUAUAUUUUAGGAACGUGAAAAAGCAGUGGAAUCCUUUAAGCCUGAUGAAUUGACAGAUUAUAUGAAUUUGGUUAAUUUAAAAGAUGCCACCAUAGAUAAAAAUCAUAUUAAGAAAUUACUUGAAAAUGCAAAGACUUUUGAUUAAAUUAAUUAAUUAGAGAUGUUGCUUAAAUAAUAAUAAGUAAAAAAUCUAUCAAUCCUUAAUGAUUAAUGA